ACUCGUACAAGAGGAACAUCGGAAUGCGGAUAAUUCUGCGACAGGAAGGGUUUCAGUUUCAGCCAGCGAGCGACCAGACGAACGCUUGCACAGCCGCGUCCUUCCUUUCAAGGUUUCAAGAGGGAAGAGGUAGAGGAGACGGAGAGGGGCUUCUACAGGAGAAAAAGAAAGAGAUACCUAUAAGCUUGGAAAUAUGGAGGAUUUGAAGAAGAGGAAGCUUGAAGAAGUUGGAAACGGCCAAUUGCUACCCAACUUGAACGAGUCGGAGGCGUCUUCAACCGUGGAAGAAUUGCGUGGGCUCCUUGACCCGCUUUCUAAGCCGCAGCUCGUCGAUCUUCUUGCUCGAGCAGGGUCCCAAUAUCCUUCUAUUGCUGAAGAAAUUAAAAGUGUUGCAAGUGCUGAUCCUGCCCUUCGAAAGCUUUUUGUUCGUGGUUUAGCAUGGAAUACUUCUUCAGAAACUUUGUGUGCUGCCUUUCAAGAGCAUGGUGAAAUUGAAGAGGGUGCUGUAAUCUAUGACAAAGCAACAGGAAAGUCACGUGGUUAUGGUUUUGUCACUUAUAAAGAUAUGGAGUCAGCUCAGAGAGCUCUAAAAGCACCCAGCAAAAUGAUAGAUGGUCGUAUGGCUGUUUGUAACCUUGCAAGUGAAGGCUUAAGCAGCACCAGUGUUACACCUGAUCAAGCCCAACGCAAACUAUACAUUGGAGGUCUGUCACCUGAGACAAACAGUGAGAUGCUGCUCUCCUUUUUUUCAAGGCAUGGGGAGAUUGAAGAGGGAUCUGUUGCCUAUGACAAGGAGACUAACAAAUCUCGUGGCUUUGGCUUUGUUACCUAUAGGACGGUGGAGGCAGCAAAAAAAGCUAUAGACGAUCCCCAAAAGAUGCUUGGAGGAAGAAAUAUCACCGUGAAGCUUGCUGAUAACUACAAAGGAAAAGUCCCCCAACCACAGCUACCUGCUUCUGUGGUUCCAGUACCAGUACACAUGACAGCCGGAUAUCAACAGACUGGAGGUGGAGCCCCUAUUGGAUAUACCUAUCCCCAACCGAUGGCAUCAUACCCUACUGCUUCUUAUACAAGUCCACCAACAGGAGCUGCUCCAUACUCGGCACAGCCGCAAUAUUCUUAUCCACAGUACGGUGUUAAGAAGGAAACUCCACAGCCACAAACAGCUCUUGGGGGAUACCCUUAUUACAUGCCAAAGCAAUAGACCCUGGACACAAUCACAGCAUGGUUGUAGCAGGAGGAAGAAAUGCUGUUGAGCAGCUAUUGGAAAUUCCAAGUUGAAAAUGAACUACAAACUCCAUGUUUAAGUUCUUGCCAACGCUGAUGUCAAUUAGUGUAUAACUGUUGACUUAACUAGCUUUUACCACUCCCAUUUAUAAUACUAUCAAUUAAUGACUUCUCUGUAUUAUCAUUUCUUCAGUCUAUAUUUUUCUGUCUCA